GGAGGCGGGGUGGUCUCUGUGCUGGUGGUGUCGGUGUCGAGAGGGAGCGGUGGGGGUCGGGCGUGCCGCACAGUCACCGCACAGCCCCUCGGUGCUCGUGUCCCCGUCCCCUGUGAGGGUCGCCGGUGCCCCCCUGCCCGGCCCCGCGCUGCUUCUGCUCCCCCGCGGGAUGCGGGCUCGGCCCGCCCCGCUAGCCCUCAUCCCCGCGCCGGCCGCAGCAUGAGCGCGGCGAGCGACACGUAUUUCCUCAUAAAAGACAUAAAACCCGGACUGAAAAACUUAAAUGUCAUCUUUAUUGUGCUGGAGAUCGGGCGAGUCACCAAGACCAAGGACGGGCACGAGGUGAGGUCCUGCAAGGUGGCGGACAAGACGGGCAGCAUCACCAUCUGCGUGUGGGACGAGAUCGGCGGCCUCAUCCAGCCGGGGGACAUCAUCCGCCUGACCAAAGGGUACGCAUCUCUGUGGAAAGGAUGCCUGACACUUUACACAGGACGAGGAGGGGAGCUGCAUAAAAUUGGGGAGUUCUGCAUGGUGUACUCAGAAGUGCCAAACUAUAGCGAACCCAACUCGGAGCACGUCGGGCAGAACAAACUGGCACAGGGUGAACAGAAUAAUAUUUCUGCAUCAAGUGGUAUGGGUACUUGUACUUUUGGGCCACUGGGAAAUGGUUUACAAACUGGACCUGAAGCAAGUGGAUUUCCAUUCACGUAUAACCACGGCCACAUUUAUGCAGGUAGUGGGAGAGGCAAUGGACGAGGACCUGUAAAUCCAGCACCAGCUAACAGUGUUCAGCCUCUUCCCCCUGCUGUCAGUAACGGGAGGGACCCACGCAGGGCCUUUAAGAGAUGACUAUGCCAAAUGUGGUUAUACAGCUUGCUUAAACUCUACACUCUACUUGAACACUUACUGCACUUUUAUUUAUAGUUAACUGUGAACCAGUUUGUCCUUUGGUUUGUUUUGGUUUUUUUUUUACCUUUUGGUGUAUGGAGCAAACUUGAUGUGAUCUAUUUCUUGUUUUGCAUCAGGGAAGCACAGUGAGUCUUCCUCGUACAUAAAGGGGGUAGGGGGAGAAGGUGGAUGUGAGGAAUUAAGGGUCACAGGUGAAAAUGUCUCAAUUAAAACUCAGUGCCCUUUGCUGAACAGAAGACAAUUUCAGUUACAUACAUGUAUUUCUGUUGGUCAGCCAUGUAGCCUUAAUAGGUCUACUCUGUCCUGUGCAAGCAUGUGUCGACUUCUGUUAGGGAUAAUGGGAGCUCUUCGUGUGGGAAGAGAAAUGAAGGGAAGAGCACAAGUGCUCUGGUGAGCUGGGUGUCCUGGGAAUGAAUAUGGCUUGUGAAGCAAUAAGUGUAAGGAGAUGGUGGUGCCAGACCUAGUGGUGUCUCUGGAAUCAGGGAAUGGGUAGCUUGGAUCACAGCUGAGGAUGUGGUGAGUGUUAUGAAGCUUGAUUCUGAUUCCAGAAAGAUGUACGCUACUUGAAAAAUUCUCUCUAAACACCUUAUCACUGUCAAGGAAAGUGACACUGAUUUUUGCUUUGGAUAGAAGCUUGGAUAUUCGUUCUUGCUUUGCAUGAGAUAGCAGAAUAGGAGGAUCUAAAUUCAGACAGUGUUGGGGAAUAUACUCUUUGUAGCCUUUCCUUGUGUAAAAGUCCAAGGUUACUUUGCAGGAGCCUGAAUUUCCAGGAGUGGACUGUUCUCAAAUGCUGCAUUACCCAUCUCUUUGAUGAGUCUGCCUACUCCUCCUUCCUUCAUUCACUUUUCCAAAUAAAUUAUGUAUUAGAUGAAGCUGUAUAUGUGGAUUGCAGAGGUACUGGCCAAGCACACAGCUGCACUUGUGAUGCUGUUAAGCUUUCCUUCCUCUGUUUUAUAUGAAACGUGAGUUAUCCCUUGAAGAGCCCUCCCCACAUCCUGGGGGGCAAACAGCUGAUUUUAUUUCUGAGCUCACAAAUGCCUUGACUCUAGAUGAGAGUCCAGUGCCAUAUUUCAGAUCAGGUUCAAACACAACAUGGAAACUGAGGUGUCAUACUGGAUUCAUCUGUUUAACUCUUCUUAACUGACCUCUCAAAUAAAAAAAAUUGCACUAA